GUCUACCAUGGACCCACAAUAUCAGUGGAAAAGACCACUCCUUGAAUCCUUAUUGAUCAUUCUAACAUCAACCAAGACAUACAUCAGACCUUGAAACCUCAGAUUUUGCAACAACCGCUCAAGUUUGCAAUGGUUCCAGGAGAACUUCAUCUUGGGAAAUUGCAUCAAGAUUUACUGGACCUGCGCGGUCAUUUUGAGAAGUUAGUCCUUGAGCUUCAAAAAGCUCUGUUAAAAUCUCAAGAGCAAAAGAAAGAUCUUGAGAAACAACUUGAGGAGAGCGAAAACAAAAGGGAAGAGCUUAACAAGCUAGUCCUGGACUAUGAAGGUAAUAUCAAGGAUCUUAAGGAUGAUCUUGAGCAACGUGAAGCUCGAACAAAGGAUCCUAAGAAUAGUGUUGAUCAGAGUGAAGAUGGCAUUAAGAAAGAACUUUAUCAGGUUGGCUUUUAUGAGUCGAGGAUUGAAAAUAUGACCAAAGAGCGUGAUGGCUUAAUUAACAAGUUGAAAAGCGUUGGAGCAGAGCUAAAGGAAGCCCAAGAGGACUUGGAAUUAGGCAAGAAGGUUUGGGAGGUUGAGAGGAUAGCACUGGCUGAGAGGCUUACUAAUGCAAAGCAGGUGUGGGAGGCUGAGAAGAUAGCACUGACGAAUGAAAUUCUCGCAAAAGAAUGCCAGGACUCCACUUGCAAAUACAACCAAGCUUUGAAGGAGCGAGACGCAGCCUUGAGUGAUCUGAAUAACCUGGGAGUAGAGCUAGAGGAGGUUCGAAAGGACUUGUCCGAGUCCCAGGCUAACUUGGAAUUAGGCAAGAAGGUUUGGGAGGCUGAGAGCAUAGCACUGGCUGAGAGGCUUACUAAUGCAAAGGAGGUGUGGGAGGCUGAGAGGAUGGAACUGACUAAAAAGCUUAACCAUGAGUUAAACAAGUUUGGAAUAGAGAUAAAGGAGCUCAGAGAGGAGUUGUCUGACUUGGAGAAGAUCCACAAGCAGUACAUUCAAGAAAAUGAGAACGCAUAUUGCUCAGGGUACCUGACUGGUUGGUUCAAGGAGCCUCAUGCCUACAUUUCCCUGCCAAGCCAUGAGGCCAAGGAAGUUACUCUUCUAGAUCAUGAACAUCUGGAGGCCACGUCUCCACUCUCUCACACUAGUGCCUUAAUUAAACUUUUCGGAAGUGCUGAUCCAUAGGUGCUGAUAUGCUGCCUUUGGGAUGCGUCCAGUUUAUACCAGUGGGGAUUUAGAAUUGUAAUUCUGUUAGUUCAAUAGAGCACUACUAGUUGGGUCUGUGAACAAGCACCCAGUUCCACGUCUGCAGGCUAUCAUCUUCUGUGUGUUUGUUUGCUCCCAAACAUUUUGGAGUUAUAGAAUAUUUGCAUCAUCUUA